AUGACCGCUACUGCAGAGGCCGACAGGCCAGUCGUCGAUGAGUCUGCCGAUCUCAAAACUGCCGCUGUCGCGGCAGCAACAGCCACCGAACGUCACGCACCCACCACAGAGGAAAGCGAUCUCCAGGCUGAAAGUGAAGGCGAUUUCCCCGAUGACGAUUCAGCGAUCGGCGAUGAUUCUGCAAGUAGCACCGCUUCUAUUAAUUCCAGUAUUAUGCAGUAUCGAACCGAGAAUGGAAGAACUUAUCAUUCUUUCAGAGAGUCGAUCAAUUAUGUCCUUCCUAAUGACUCGUCUGAGCAAGACCGUCUUGACCUGCAACAUCAUCUUUUCACACUUACCCUUGGCGGCAAGCUCUACCUGAGCCCUCUAGGAGAGAACGGUAGACCGGUAGGACGAGCUCUUGAUGCAGGAACAGGAACAGGUGUAUGGGCAAUCGACUUUGCCGAUAACCACCCUGAAACCACGGUUCUCGGAAUCGAUCUCAGCCCAAUCCAGCCAAACUUCCUGCCAACGAAUCUCGAAUUUCAAGUCGAUGACCUCGAAGACGAAUGGACAUAUUCCUACAAAUUUGACUUUGUCUUCGGCCGCAUGCUAACAGGCUCUAUCGGCGACUGGCCCAAGUACUUUCAACAAGCAUAUGACUCCCUCAACCCAGGCGGUUGGGUUGAAUGUCAAGACAUCACUUUCCCUGCCGGCUGCGACGACGGCACGCUCGCCAAGGACUCGUACAUCAACCAGUGGUCUGAUCUUAUGACAGAAGCGGCAAAGAAUUUUGGAAGGUCUGCUAUCAGCGCGAAAUCGUACAAGCAGCAGAUGAUUGACGCUGGAUUCGUUAAUGUUACGGAGGUGGUGUACAAAUGGCCUACUAACCGAUGGCCCGCGGAUCCCUAUUACAAGGAGCUUGGCUUCUGGUGCAACCAUAAUAUUGCUGGCGAACUUUCCGGUCUCUCUAUGGCUCUUUUCACGAGAGGUCUGGGUUGGAGUCCUGAAGAGGUUGAGGUUUUCUUGACCAAGGUCAGGUCUGAUAUGAAGGAUCGACAUAUCCACGCUUGGUGGCCUAUACAUGUUGUCUAUGGACAGAAGCCAGAAAUUUGA